AGAAAGAAUAAAUAAAUAAAUAAAUAUGUCCUUAGAAAUAGAUAUAUUUUCUCGAUCGCAAAAUGUGGUGGUAGUCUUAUGUCGAGUGUCGGUUAAUAAAGACACUACUACGACUUCAUAGAGUGAGGGUAUAUUCGAGAAAGUCAUCGAUACUUACUUGGUUAGAGUUAGGAAGUGUGUUAUUCUGUUAUUGAAUUGAUCUAAGAAGUAAAACAAAUUUUUUUGGUCUAGAGAGAGAACAAAUUCAAUAAUGUUUUGCAAAUAUUCAAUGGGUAGAAAUAUGUGGGCUAUUUGGGUACGAUAUUAUGAAUAUGUAUGGUGUGUUCUAGUGAGGUAUCUAACGGACUUUCACAUUGUGGCAGUACUAGGGUUAUGUGAAAACAUGUAUGUUCAUUUUCAAGUAUGAAUACUAAUUACUAAAGGAGUUACCAGUUGUAUGACAUAGUCAGUAAUUACUAAAGGAGUUACCAGUUGUAUGACAUAGUCAGUAAUAAGAUUUAGUGUUGCAUUCACAUUUGAGAAACCAACUAGUUUAUUACUACAGGAACUUAGAUUGAGCAUUAUUUUAAAAGAAAAUUUUAGUGGUGGAUCUUUGGGAUAAUAUUAAUACACUUAAGUUGUGAAAUGUAUCUUGAGGGUUCUGAAUGAGUACUGACGAUUUUAUCUUAAGUUUCAAGGGAUAGGUUGAUACUGGAAUGACCUAGUGAGUAUACUUUGGGUGGAUUAAGUUGAAAAUUUUAGUAAGAAAUUGCAUAUAUAAUUUGUUAGUCCCUUCAUUUUGAUUACUAUAUCUGAGUUUAAGGUGUCAUGUCAAAAAAAUAAAAAUAAAAAAUAAAAAAAUUUGACUUUGCGAUGAUGAAAAGGGCUUACAAAGGAUGAUGGCAAUAAGAGUAAGUUAUGGAUGGUGACGGAGAUGCAAAUUAUAGAAUACAAAUUGUUGGUCAAAUAAAUUUUGUAUGGUGAUAAAAAAAAACUUGUGAGUAUCUAAGGUUGAGAUUUAUACUAUUAGUGAGUAAUGUGGUUGUAUGAUAAAUUUUAGGAGAUUUAGGGCACACUCGAAUAUAAUUUAAAGAAGCUGGAAUCAUAACUAAAAUAAGAUAAAAUUUGUGGGAUGUGUAGCCUUAAGAAAAAUAAGUGAGCAGAAUUAUUUUCUCUGAUUGUAAGAAACUAAAAAUGUAUCUUUGAAGGGAUCGAGAAUUGGAUUCAAAAUUGCGUGAUUUCAUCUAUUUUGUUUUGGUUAAGGUAAUAGCAUAACAGGUUAAUCAGCUUGGUUAAAAGCUAUUGAAUAGGACUUGAGAAAAGAGUGUACAUACAUUCAACUUGAAUGUGACAAUAAGUUCUUUUGUGAUUUUGAGUUUAGUAAUGAGUGCUAUUGAGUUUUUAGCAAAGGAUAUGGUAAAAUCUAUGAAUAGGCGAUCAAUGAUAAGUUAAGAUACAUGAAUUUCUAAAAAUCUUCAAGGUAUGAGCUAAUGUUGAUAGAUUAGGGAAUUUGGUUAUAUGGUGGAAAUCAUCGUUCAAGUUCCUUAUUUUAAGUCGACAUUCAUGGUAGUAUUAGUCAAGAUAUGAAUUAUUAAGGUAAUAAAUGAUUAAUCGUGUGGUGUAUUGGGUAAUUGAAAGAAUUUAUGCAUGCUUUGGAUCAUAAAGUUGUUACUUUUGAUUGUUAAAGGAUCUAAGGAAGGGUUUACCCUCAGAGUUUUGAUUUAGAGUGUGAAGUAAAAUGUCAUGGAUUAUUAGUAAAACAUGAGAUCGGUAAGCAAGCUAGAUAAACAAGAGUUUGAUAUAUUGAAGGAGCGAGAUAUUUAGAAUUUGCACCAUGAAAAGAAUUUGAGAAGAGUGAAAGAAUAAGACCUCUCGUAUAAAUCCAUGGGGUGUAGUUGAUGGUUGUUUUAAUUUUUGCCUAUGAGUUUAGAUAUAAUUGUGAGAUGUGAACUAGUUCGGUACAGACUUACUAGGAGUUUAUCAUCGAUUUCUAAAAAAAUUAAUAAUAAUAAUAAAAAAGAGUUUUGGUUUAGGUGACAAAUAAUGAGGUAUGAAAAUUUUAGUAUUUUACAAUGAGGUUAGAUUGUUCAAAUUAGGAUAGAAGACUUAAGAAUGAUGUAAAAUGUUAGAUACAAUUCUACAUGGUUAUUAAGAAUAAAGUUGGGUUAAUACUACUCCAUUGAUGGGACUUCAUAGAAUGUUAAGGUGUGUUGCAUGGACAUUUGAUGGUUAAUAGAGGUUAUGAGCUUAUAGUAUACAGAAUAGUUUGAGUGACAAAAAAUUUUCCCAAGUGUUGGCAUGAUAUAUAUAUAAUGGUUUAAAAUGGUAUCUCAAGCAUGGUAUGUGAAAGUGGUGUAGAGUUAACUUUGGGUGUGAUUUAAUAGUUUUGUCUCAAUGAAAAGGUACUAUCCCAUUUGAAAUUUGUGCUAUAGGCCUUAUUUGGGAGUCGUAUCUGUCAGGAAAUGCUUAAAUAGAAAGAGAUAGCCAUAGCUUGAACAUGUAUUUGAUAAGCAUACUUUGAUACUAAUGAUGGUUUGAGAGUAAGGUAGAUAAUCGAUGUAGUUAUACAUUUUGUUAUUAUUAAGAGUGUUGACUUCAAUGAAUAUGGAGUUUGAUAAACCAAGUAUGUGUACAAUUAUAUUAGAGACAUUCUAUGAGGGGAGGUGUAGAUCUCUAAUUUUUUGAUACUAUUGAGAUGAAACAAUGGGUAUUAAUAUUUUGGAAUAAUCAUUGAGAUAACUAUCCUUUCUUGCCUUGACUUCCUUUGAUCGUUCGAGGACGAACGAUGGGUAAAUUGGUAUCUAUUGUAACAACCCGUGUAGUCGUUUUAAGCACUAGAACAUUUUACGUCAGAAAAUACUUUCCUAUAGAUUUAAAUGGGUGUUUUGGAGUAUUCAUAAUUAUAAUUAUGAAAUUAGUGGGGUAGUUUUAUAAUUAAGUUAGUUGGUGGUUAAAGAAAAUAACUUUAAAAUUGAUAGUGGACCACUUUUAUAACUCUUAUAAGUAGUAUAUUAGAUUAGGGUAGAGAAUAAUUUUGUAGAAAAUAAGAAAGGAAGGGAAUAACACAAAGCGGCGUUUGAACGAAGAAAAAUCACGGGCAGCUUCAAGUAAACUAUGCGACUGUUUCAUUAUUUUUUUGGUGUACUUUGAUGAUUGCAUCGAUUUGGAAGGUCAACAGAAAGGAAAGGCUCAAGUCCCAGAGUGAUUGUUCGAUAAAUUGAGGUUAUGAGCCUGGAUUUUUGUUGUACUUGUCAUUCUCUUCUUUUCCGAGGCUUCUUGGAGAUUUGUGAGUUACCGCCGCCGCUGCCGCUGCCGCUGCUAGGUUACCCAGGAGGAACUCUCUCUUACCCUAAGCCGGAAGCUGAAUACCAUGAAAUUGUUCAAAAUUCCCAACUUUUCUGGAACAAACUUCAGAAAUUCUCCGCAUCACUGCAAACCAAGUUCCAGAUCCCUCUUGUAGCAGGAACACCACUAGAUUUACACCGUCUUUUUGUGGAGGUUACAUCUCGAGGUGGAAUAGAAAAGGUUAUUAGAGAGAGAAAAUGGGGGGAGGUGAAAGGAAUAUUCAGAUUUCCAUCUUCUGUGACCAAUGCUUCAUUUGUCUUGCGGAAACACUAUCUAUCCAUGCUUUAUCAUUUUGAGCAGGUUUAUUACUUUAGGAAAGAAGAGCCUUCUAUUUCUGUGUCUGAUCCUACAAGUAGAAAUGUCAGUGGCUCUGCAACUGAACAUGCUAAUGAUGAUAGUGCUGCUACGGAUCAAAGUUCAGUGAGCUAUAAUCUGGAGGAUGGGAAUUCACUGGUAGGAACAAUUGAUGCGAAGUUUGAUUACGGUUAUGUAAUCUCUGUGAACCUGGGCUCGGAGAAUUUAAAUGGUGUACUGUAUCAUAUACCUGCAUUACCAAAUCAAUUCCAAAAGGUGAAUACUUUGGCUACACCUUCCCAAAGGAUUAGGAAAAGACAGUUGGCUUUGAAGGACCCCUCUCGACCCAAGCCAAAUCGAAGUGGUUAUAAUUUUUUCUUUGCUGAGCAUUAUGCAACGUUGAAGCCUUCAUAUCAGGGGCAAGAGAGAGCUAUCAGCAAAAGGAUUGGAAUUCUUUGGAGUCGACUCACAGAGGCCGAAAAACAGGUUUAUCAGGAAAAAGGUGCGAGAGAUAAGGAGAGGUACAGGGCUGAGAUGCUGGAAUACCAGACAUCCAAUGUACAACCAUCAUAAACUGAUAUUGUAGGACAUCUUUGUUUCCACAUCUUUCGUUUUUGUUUGGAAAUCAUCAAUAUUAUCAUAGACAGGAUUUAACUUUGAUGAAUUUGUGAAACUGUUGGGCUCGCGCGCCCUUUUAUUUUCUGGGAGUUAGAAAGAUGCUUUGGAACAAGAUUGGUAUCAAUGAUGUUCCAUCUCAGUUUCCUUAUGUCAAUAUAAUGUGUUUAAAUUA